GCUGGUUGCUAGCCGCGGUUUGCUAGCCGCUCAGAGCUUCAUUGUCACCAGUCUCGGAGGCAUCGCCGACGGCCCUGGGGCGCCAGAUCGUACACCUGGCCGAUCCCCCGGCCCGGUUCUUUAGGCUUUGCCCUCGCAGGGCCCACUGUCUGCCAUGAAAAGCUCCAGGGCUAUCAGAAGUGCCCCUGAAGGCAGCCCUGAAUGUGCAGACCUGAGUCUGACCGGCCUUCCUCCACCGCUGUCCCGGCGCCCCAGCAGUGCUUCAGCCACUAAGCCCUUCGUGCGCUCUGUCUCUGUGGCCACAGGCAGCGAGCCCAGGAGGAAAGCGCUGGAGGCUGCAGGGCCCGGAAGCUCCAGGGCCAUCAACAACCUUCGAAGGUCUAACAGUGCCACACAGGUCAACCAGCCCUGGACUGGCUCCCCCAGGCCAGUGGAGUCCCCCGACUUCCUGACACUGUUCGAGGGGAGCCCUGGUGGGAGAAGGAGGCCGGCGGGUCUGAGCAAGCCAUCUGGUGAAAAGGCAGCCACUUGGAAUGUACUGGAUGAGCACCCCAGGAUGUGCUCCCCAGCCAACACUCAGAAUGCCAGUGCCCUUGAUGUCCCUGUGGGCCCACGGAGGAAGGAGUGCACCCUGGCACCCAGCUUCACUGCUAACAACAGGUGGGACCCUUGCAGGAGCAACAAGGGAGCUGUGGGCAACUGCGUCACCUCCAUGGUGCACAACCGCUACACCCCCUCGGAGAAGGCGCACCCCCUCAAGAGCUCCAACCAGACCACCCCCUCCCUCAACAACAUCAUCAAGGCAGCCACCAGUGAGGGCAGUGAGGGCAACAGCUUUGGGAAGAACUUCACCAGCAGCUGCCACCCAGCCCAGAGUGCAGCCACAGGGAGGAGCUCCCCCGUCAGGCGGAAGGAGGUAACCGAAGAGGAGGCUGAGAGAUUUAUUCGCCAGGUGAAUCAGGCUGCUGUCACCAUCCAGCGCUGGUACCGCCGCCAGGUGCAGCAGCGCCAUGCAGGAUUCAGAAGCCUGGAGCACCUGCUGGCAUCCAAGCGAGAGGAGCAGCAGCAGCAACAGCGACUCGGUGGUGGGAACCUCCUGGAGCUACACCGGCAGAAGGAAGUGGCGAGGAAAAAGGCCCGAGAGGAGAAGGCUCGCCAGGCCAGGCGGGCGGCCAUUCAGGAACUGCGGGAGAAGAGAGCCCAGAAGUCAGGGGAAGCUGAGCUGCCCAAGAAAAGCCCAGAAACCAGAACACUAGGGCGGCCUCUGCCUACCCAGAGGCCUCUCCUGAUGCCAGGCAGCACGGCUUCCCAGGGCCUCAAGGCCAGCAACUCUGGUGCCACCAUCCACCCUGCAAGUCCGAGGGACCCCUGCCUGCCCAUCUCCAACUCAUCCCCAGAGCCCCAGCAAUCUCCAGAGCACAAGCUGCAGGCUGUCCACUCUCAGGAUCUGGCCAGUGAAGAUGUGGAGACAGUGGCCCUUGUUAGGAACAGGGCCAAGUCCAGGGCGACCCUGGAUCAGCUGUUGGACUCACUACGAUUGCUAGAGGAGGAGCCAGAGCCACUGCCCCGCCCCAGGGCCUAUCAGAAGGACAAAUAUGCCUGGAUUGAUGAGGAAGAUGACACCAGCUCCCUGACAGCUGACAACCUGGAGAAAUUUGGGAAACUCAGUGCACCCCCUGGGCCCCCUGAGGACGGAACACUCCUCUCAGAGGCCAAGCUGCAGAGCAUCAUGAGCUUCCUAGACGAGAUGGAGAAGUCAGAGCAGAGCCGGCUGGGCCCUCAGAGGGAGCAGAGGCAGGUGCCCGAGGCAGGGCGAGGCCAUCCGGAGCUGGUGUCCAGGGGGAAUGCGUCCGUGAUGCGGCUGAAGCUGGAAGUGGAGGAGAAGAAGCAAGCCAUGGUGCUGCUGCAGAAAGCACUGGCACAGCAGCGUGACCUCACUGUCAGACGGGUCAAGGAAACGGAGAAGGAGCUGAGCCGGCAGCUGCGGCAGCAGAAGGAGCACUAUGAGGCCACCAUCCAGCGGCAUCUGACCUUCAUUGACCAGCUGAUCGAAGACAAGAAGGUUCUGAAUGAGAAGUGUGAGGCACUGGUGGCGGAACUGAAGCAGGGGGACCAGCGGUGUCGGGAGCGCCUGGCCCAGAUGCAGGAGCAGCAUGAGCUGGAGAUUAAGAAACUCAAAGAACUUAUGAGUGCCACUGAGAAAGUCCGCCGGGAAAAGUGGAUCAAUGAGAAGACCAAAAAGAUCAAGGAGAUCACUGUCAGAGGUCUAGAGCCCGAGAUCCAGAAGCUCAUCGCCAAGCACAAGCAGGAAGUCCGGAGGCUCAGGGACCUGCAUGAAGCAGAGCUGCUGCAGCGUGAGGAGCAGGCUGCACAGCGCUACCUGCGCCAGGCUGAGGAGCUGCGGGAGAAUGUGGAGCGGGAGAAGGAGGCACUGGGCCAGCAGGAACGCGAGCGUGCCCGGCAGCGGUUUGAGCAGCACCUGGAGCAGGAACAGCGGGCCUUGGAGCAGCAGCGACGGCGGCUGUACAGUGAGGUGGCUGAAGAGAGGGAGCGGCUGGGCCAGCAAGCAGCCAGGCAGCGGGCAGAGCUGGAGGAGAGCAGCUCAGCGCUGACCAGAGCCCUGAGGGCCGAGUUUGAGAAGGGCAGGGAGGAGCAAGAGCAGCGGCACCAGAUGGAGCUGAAGGCCCUGAAGGACCAGCUGGAGUUGGAGCGACAAGCAUGGGUUGCCAGCUGUGCCAAGAAGGAGGAGGCAUGGCUCCUGAACCGGGAACGAGAGCUGAAAGAGGAAAUCCGGAAGGGACGGGACCAGGAGAUUGAGCUGGUUAUCCACCGGUUGGAAGCUGACAUGACACUGGCCAAGGAGGAGACAGAGAGGGCAGCUGAAAGCCGCGUCAAGCGUGUGCGCGACAAGUACGAGACCGAGCUCUCGGAACUGGAGCAGUCAGAACGGAAGCUUCAGGAGCGGUGCACAGAGCUGAAGGGGCGUCUGGGGGAGGCAGAGGGGGAGAAGGAGCGUCUGCAGGCCCUGGUGCGGCAGAAGGAGAAGGAGCUGGAGGAUGUGCGGGCAGUGAAUGCACAGCUGUCUGGUGAGCGCAGCAGUGUGACCCAGAUGGUCCGCCAGGAGUUUGCUGACCGGCUGGCUGCAUCUGAGGAGGAGAAUCGACAGGUCAAGGCCAAGCUGGCAGAGUUGCAGGCUCGCCAGCAGCUGGAGCUGGAUGAGGUGCACCGCAGGGUGAAGACUGCCCUGGCCAAGAAGGAAGAAGCCGUGAACAGCCUCCGGAGGCAGCAUGAGGCCGCGGUGAGGCGGGCUGACCACCUGGAGGAGCUACUGGAGCAGCACAGGCAGCCACCUCUGAGUGCCAAGUGAUGCCACUUGUGGGACAGAGGACAAGCCAAUGCGGGUGCUGGGCCCUGUGACUGGGGGUCCCAGGUUGUGCCCACUACAGCACCGUGCUGCACUAGGGGGGGCAAGCCCUGGGUGAGCCCAUCAUUGCCCAUUCUUCCUCAGGAUGCCUAUAGUCAGAGUGUUUGCAGCCAUGUUUUACAGUAAAAGAGGAGUGG